AUGCCGCGUCGGAAGCUAGAUGAGGAAUCUGGACAUUAUGCCAAUCUAUUUGGUAACGGACAAUCUCGACAACGAAGACGAUCACCAUCACCACCAGGUCUGACCCGUGAGAAAGCGUUGAGGAUCAGUCAACAGCUUGGUUUUCUUGAAAGGCAGCAGACUCCUCCACCCGAUUCAUAUGACAACGAUGACGUUGAUAAUUGGGAGAAUAUUGAUAAUUAUGGACCGGAUGUUGGUAUCAAUAGCAUUGAAAUUGAAGUGGACUCUUCAGGAGAUAAUUAUGCUCGCCAUCAAAGAUCACUUCGACGUGCUGAAGCCCGAGCCAGGAACCAAAGCAAGUGGAAGGCUCUCGAAGCACAACUCACUGCCACCUAUCUCCACCUUCGACAUCAUACACACAAUUGGACCAAUCAGCCAACAUUUCACUCAUAUCUCUCCAAUGGGCUUAAAUGUAGAUGUCCACCUGACAAGCUUCGAAGACGGCGUGUUGACUUCAUCGACCUUCUCAUCUCUCUCAUAGGUCUCACCAGCAAACACAGUGUGACAUUCUGUGGCUGUGUACCGGAUGUCAUCAGACUCCUUUAUGUUGGUUACAUCGGUGGAUCACCUCAAUUUCCUCGCACUGCCUUUUCAAUCCGACUUGUACAACUUCACCAUCACUUCUGGAAUCACACAUCAAUAUCGACUUCAGGAUUUAUUGAUGCACUUAUGGCAUUUCUAGAUAUACUGUGCCCGGUCCGAUUGACACCUCAACAAUACAAAGCAAAACCAGCUUACAAGAAGAAUCUCAAUCGUAGUCUGAGACAUCCCUUCACUCAGACAAUCGACAUCUAUUGUCGGAUUCUUCUUGGUCAACAAGCUCUGUAUGAAGAAGGCCUUGGACUCACCCCAAUUGAUCUCUCUGCAGCUCAAUGUUCUCGUUGUUUUGGGCCAGCAGAGGGGGAAAUCAAGUCGUCUCCCAACGAACCCGACUUCAUCAUUGCAAUGGACGGAAACUUCCAGCACCGCCACCAAUCUCAUGCCAGCAAGGAUUCACCUCAAGAAGAUCAAUACCCGAGUUCCUUCAUCAAACCUAGCAAGCUUGAAAAAGAAGUUGUUGCUUGUAACAAAACCAAUGCCCAAGCCAAUCACAUCAAGACCUCCUGUUCCGACUCACACACCGCUGCCAAUGAUGUUCGCAAUAGUACAUCAUGGGACAGAUGCGAUUAUACAGGUUUGUUUGCAGGCGCUUGUCGUCACGAUGUACCCCUGUACUUUGCCAAUAUUUAUCAGAGCGGUGAAAAAUUAUAUUAUCCUGUUGCAAUUCUCAAACAACUUCAAGAAUUACACCCUGACAAGUUCAUAGCUGUACUCUACGACAUUGGUUGUCACUUAGAUGUACAUAUAGAAAAGAUGAUGUUUGGGACUUCGGUUUUCCAUGCAUAUGUACAUCAAUGGGCCUGUCAGCUCAAAUACCACCCUCGAUUCAACGAAUAUUGGGGGCUUUCAGAUGGUGAGGGCCUUGAGAGGCUCUGGUCUUUUUUAUCGGCGCUUGUAGCUCCCCUUCGUAUAUCCACUCGGCUUCAUCGACUACUGGCAAUUCAUUGGCGUCUGUGGCUCAGAAGACGAUUUUUGAAUGCGGUGAAGGUCUUGGAAGAAGCUCAAGAUGCAGUGACAUCACUCUGCGCAAUGCCCAACCCAUACCUACCUGGCGAAAAGUAUUCACAUGAGUUUUUCCGUGGGCAAUGGGCUGCCGAGCGUGAAGCAUAUGCAAGUAAGGAGGCCGUUUUGCUGAAACAAAAGUUGGAACUGGGUCGAUUAUUAUCAUUACAAGAUGAGCUGAACACCAAUUGGUCGCGGCCCAAUCUUACACCUGAACAAGCUAUUGUCCGACUUCGAACAACAAGUGAACUCCAAGAAAAGAUUGCCAAGCAGGCUGCAAAAGUAGGAACUACCGAUGUCUUAGCCUUAGAUGACGAGCAAGAAGCUUUCUUAAUGCUUUGGUACAGCAAGAACGAAGUUGGCCUGAAGUACAUUGCCAUAUGUGAAGAAAAACGACCUCUUCAACAGAGUCGCUCAGAUGGUCAUGAAUCAAAUCUAGGGCAAGACAAAUCUUCUCACUGCGCUUCGAAAGCAUGUAAUCCAGCUUAA